AUGGUGGAAGGUGAACUGCCUGCCGCCUUAGGAAUGCUUGAAUAUCUGAAGGAACUCAACCUCAAUUCAAACCAAUUUUCUGGUUCAAUUCCUGAAAGUUUGGGACAACUCUCUCAGCUAGUUCACCUAGAUCUAACUUUGAAUUCGUGGGAAGGCAUUCUAACUGAAUCCCAUUUCCGAACUCUCACAAAAUUGAAGUCUUUUGCAGUCAGCACAUACGGACCUAGGUCCCUCAUUUUUAACAUGGCUCAUGACUGGGUUCCUCCUUUCCAACUUAAUUCAAUCGACAUUGCCGACUGCAGAGUAGGUCCUGCCUUUGGGGUAUGGCUUCAGUCUCAAACUGAAUUAACGGAAGUCACGCUUCGUAAUACUUCAAUCUCAGAUUUCAUACCAGAGGAAUGGUUCUUGAAGAUAUCUUUCCAACUCAGAUAUUUGGAUUUAUCUAACAACCAAAUUCGUGGAAAGCUUCCAUUUCACAUGAACUCCCCGUCUUUGGGGAAUAUAUAUUUGAGUCAUAAUCAAUUUGUGGGCCCUCUCCCACAUUGGUCUAGUGAUGCUGCCACCACUCUCGAUCUUCGAAGCAAUUCAUUUUCCGGGCCAAUUCCUUCAAAUUAUGAUCAAUUGUUGCCUAACUUGAUAAUAUUGGCUCUAUCUGACAAUCAUCUGAAUGGUAGUAUACCACCCUCUGUGUGCACAAACCUAUCAGGUUUGUCAACUCUCAUUUUAAGAAGCAAUCACUUGUCUGGAGAAUUACCUCGACCAUGGAGUCUUUGGCGAGAUCUAUGGGUUGUAGAUGUCGCAGACAACAAUUUGUCUGGCAAUUUCUCCAGUUCAAUGGGUGUUCCAAGCUCACUAAACGUAUUGGAUCUGAGCAACAACAAUUUUGGCGGUCAAAUUCCUUCUUCUCUAUUCCAAAACUGCAGCAAGUUGGUGAGUAUUGAUCUUGGAGGCAAUAGAUUUACUGGAAGCAUACCUUUACAGACAAGACCAAAGGUAUCAAAUGAAUUUUAUAUGCUAAGAUUGCGAUCCAACUCUUUAAGCGGACAUAUCCCCCAUCAACUGUGCUCUCUUCCAUCUAUUCAUAUCAUAGACCUUGGCCACAACAAAUUUUCAGGGACCAUUCCCAAGUGUUUGUAUAAUUUGACUGCUUUGGCCUAUGUUAAUGACACUACAUCCACCUACAAUUCGCUGGUUUAUUCUGAGAUAACCAGCUUGACAUUGAAGGGACAAGAACUCGUAUAUAACACCAAUCUGUAUUUGGUGAAAAGCAUUGAUUUCUCAUCAAAUAACUUGGAAGGUGUAAUCCCUGAAGAAAUAAGCAGUCUCAUUGCACUGGGUACAUUGAACUUGUCAAGAAAUCAAUUGAGUGGAAACAUUCCUUCGAAGAUUGGAAACUUGCAGCAGCUGGAAACUCUUGAUCUCUCACACAAUCACCUCUCUGGGCAGAUUCCUCACAGUCUUUCUUUAUUAAACUUUUUGGCUCACUUGAACUUGUCUUUCAACAACUUGUCCGGAAGAAUUCCUUCAGGCAACCAACUUCAAACACUCAAUGAUUCAUCCAUUUACGAAGGCAAUCCAUCCUUGUGUGGGGUCCCUCUUUCAACUGUCUGCCCGGGAGAUGGCGCAGCUGACCCUGGCGAUGGUGAUCAUAAUGAUGAUGAUAUUGAUGAGAAUGGGAAGUUUGGUAUCGUUGUUAGCGCUGUCCUCGGCUUCAUCAUAGGCUUCUGGAGUGUCUGUGGCACAUUGUUUAUGAAGAAAUCAUGGAGGUAUGCCUAUUUUCGAUUCUUUGAUGACAUAAAGGAGAAAGCAGCAUUAGCAAUUGCAUUGAGAGUGGCUCGUUGGUGCUCUCCAUGUGACUGCCCUUUGGAGCUGUUUGUGGCGCUGGUGAAGAUGACGGCCAGUAUUGUUGGGUUUGCUGUGUUCUCUUUAUUGUUAUUCCAUUACCCGAUUGAUAGGCCAGCAGUGGCGUUGUCAACAACAAAGCCAUCUCAACAAGAAAAUGUGAAGCUAACGCUUGCUGGACUACCUAGGAGGGAGCAAGAGAGGGUUCGGAUUUGCAGACGCUGCUCCGGAGAUUCUGGAAGAGAGGCGGCGCCGUACUGGUCCUCCGACGACAAGGUCCGGGCCAGGAUGCAGCUGGGAGGAGUCUUCCUUCUCACUCUCGCCACCACCGGGAUCAGCGUCGGCUUCAAUUUUCUGGGUCGGGACUUCUACAAUGUCCUUGCCAGUUAG